AUGUUAGAGAGCGUGGAGGUUGAUCGAAUGGUGGAUGUGCCCCUCAACGAUAACUCAGGUCCGGGUCCUGGUUCAGGUCCGACUAGGUCAACUUCUACAAGAUCAAAACCUCCCAGUUCGACAUCUAUUAAGAGGAAUACAAGCACUGCUCACAGGAAGAGUGGGUUGCUUUCUAGUGGUGGUGGUGGGGGUAAUUGUCCUCAAAAAAUUGAUAGGUCGGCCUCCGCCGCCGCCAGAGGCCUGCAGAGUUUACGUUUCCUUGAUAGAACUACUACAGGGAAGGAAAAUGAUGCGUGGAGAUCCAUUGAAAAGCGUUUUAAUCAAUUUGCAGUCCAAGGGAAGCUGCCUAAAGAUAAAUUUGGCAUUUGCGUUGGAAUGGGAGAAUCAAAGGAGUUUACUUAUGAACUAUUUGAUACCUUAGCAAAGCGCAGGCAAAUUGAUGCUGAAAAAGGAAUAACAAAGGAACAACUGAGAUUGUUUUGGGAAGACAUGACCAAGAAAGAUCUUGAUCUUCGACUUCAAAUAUUCUUUGAUAUGUGUGAUAAAAACGGCGAUGGGUUGCUAUCAGAGGACGAGGUGCAGGAGGUCAUAGUCUUGAGUGCCUCUGCAAAUAAGCUCUCAAAUCUUAAAGGCAAUGCAAAAUCGUACGCAGCUUUAAUUAUGGAAAAGCUCGAUCCUGACCAUAAGGGAUACAUAGAGAUGUGGCAACUAGAAAUUCUACUAAGAGGAAUGUGCUCGGAUGAUGGCAACAAUGAGCUCGCCAGCGGGACUCAAGACCUAACAAAAGCCAUGAUUCCCCGACACUAUAGAACUGCUCAUGGCAGAAUCUUUUUUAAUGCGACCGAAUUUUUAUUUGACAAUUUUAAAAGAAUAUGGAUCGUUUUUUUAUUUAUAGCUGCAAAUAUAGCACUCUUCAUGUGGAAAUUCAUCGAAUUACAGUCGGCACCCACAUUCCAAAUCACAGGUUAUUGCGUCUGUUUUGCCAAGGGUUGUGGCGAGACUAUCAAAUUCAAUAUGGCUCUUGUGCUUCUUACAGUUUGUAGAAGAAGUCUCACCAAGCUUAGAUCAACAUUUCUUCAUAAAAUAAUCCCUUUUGACGACAAUUUAAACUUUCACAAGAUGAUUGCGGCGGGCAUAGCUAUUGGAAGUGUUGUUCAUACAUUGUUUCAUCUCCUUUGUAAUUAUCCAAGAAUUAGUUCUUUUCCAAGAGAUAAGUUUAUGGCUAUUGCCGGUCCUGCAGUACAUUUCCAGCAACCAAGCUAUAUGGAUUUAGUGUUGUCUACUGUAGGCCUCACAGGCAUAUUCAGCUUACUUAUUAUGGCCUUUUCAUUCACCCUUGCAACAAGCUAUUUCAGAAGAAACGUCGUCAAAUUACCCUGGAUUUUUCACAACUUGGCAGGAUUCAAUUCCUUCUGGUAUGCCCAUCAUUUGCUGGCAUUGGCAUAUGUGCUCGUAUUCAUGCACGGAUGGUUCCUCAUUUUUGACAAGCCUUGGUACCAAAAAACGACUUGGAUGUAUCUUAUUUUACCGGUCAUAAGUUAUUCUCGAGAAAGAAUCCUUUCCUCGUAUUCAGAUAGCAGUAAUCGGGUGGACAUCAUUAAGGCUGUGAUUUAUACAGGAAAUGUUCUAGCCUUGUACAUGACAAAACCUCCAAACUUUAAGUAUAAAAGUGGAAUGUACCUUUUUGUCAAGUGUCCUGAUAUCUCACCUUUUGAAUGGCAUCCCUUUUCCAUCACUUCUGCACCAGGAGAUCACUAUUUGAGUGUCCACAUACGAACCCUGGGAGACUGGACUACUGAACUUAAAGAGAGAUUUGAACAGUGCUGUGAGCCUCCGCAAGAGAAACCAAACAACGUUGGCCUAGUGAGAAUGGAAACUAGAUCAGCGGCAAAUUCAGGUCAUUUAGCGGCCGAUAAUUUAAGUUAUGAUCAGAUACAAGCCAGCUUUCCGAGAAUCCUUAUCAAGGGGCCAUUCGGAGCACCCGCUCAGGAUUACAAGAGAUAUGACAUCCUUCUACUUAUAGGAUUGGGAAUUGGAGCAACUCCAUUUAUCAGUAUUAUAAAGGAUCUCCUCAACCACAUCAAGUUAAAUGGAGACCCUAAGGGACCUGAAAGAGCCUACUUCUAUUGGGUGACAAGAGAACAAGGCUCCUUUGAAUGGUUCAAAGGAGUCAUGGACGACAUUGCAGAUCAUGAUGUUAAUAAUGUAAUAGAUAUGCACAAUUACUUGACGAGUGUGUAUGAAGAAGGAGAUGCAAGGUCUGCGCUUAUUGGCAUGGUGCAGAAACUUCAACAUGCUAAGAAUGGAGUUGAUAUUGUUUCCCAAAGCCGGAUAAAAACACAUUUCUCAAGACCUAAUUGGAGAAAGGUGUUCAAUCAAUUGGCAAAUGACCAUAAAUCUUCUCGAAUAGGUGUGUUCUAUUGCGGAAGUGCUACACUUACAAAAACCCUGAGGAGCCUUUGCAUUGAAUUUACCCUAGAGACCCCUACCAGAUUUGAAUUUCACAAGGAGAAUUUCUAA